AUGAUGCUGGCAGAGACUUUCUUAACAACCUCCGUUUCCGAUGACAUCCUACGCAUACAGAAUUACACCCUGGUCAGACGCGACAGGCCAACUCAUGGCGGAGGCUUAGCAGCAUAUGUAAGAGAUCAUCUCCGAGCCCGAAUUGUGAAGGCUGACACCCAGGUGGAAAUGCUCAUGUUAGAGGUCAGUGGGCAGCGUUCCAAGGUUCUCCUUGGUGGCGUGUACCGUCCUCCAGGCACUCCUGUGCAAUUCUGGCAAGACUUGACGAAUGCACUAGACACUGUCAUCUCCACACUUCCCACGUCACCUCUGGUCCUUGUUGGAGACUUCAAUGUCGAUGUAAGCUCCCGCGACAGCCCCCAGCUAAACAGCUUGCUGCACCUGUGUAAUUCUUUCGACAUCAAGAACCAAGUGGACAGUCCUACCAGAAUUGGACCCCAAGGCAGCCAAACAACCCUGGAUCUCGCUCUGGUCGGAGACGAUCAUGUGAACUCUUGUGUCGUAGUACCUUGUACAAUCAGUGACCACUUCGCUCUGGCACUUGAUUUGCGACUCACAACGUCCUGCACACCGACCGUGCGACGUGGCCGUAACAUUGCAAGAAUUGAUAUGGGUCGAUUUGCACACCACCUUCUAAAUAGCGAUCUAGAGAACUUCUGCUUUGCGCGGACAGAAGAUGAAAUGUGGGAUAUGUGGCUGGAGAAACUUGUCGCGGCCUUGAACACUCAUGCUCCUAUCCGUCUACACCGCCCAAGAGCUCCUACCCGGAAAUCCUUCCCCUGA